CUUUUUUCUUCUUUACACACGCGUGCAAGGUGUGGGCUUUCUAUACCAUAUAUACCCCCUUGCUUAUAGUACAUGUAUUACAUGCUGCAGUAAACAACAACAAAGGCUUACACUAUAAACAAACAUCAUCCGUCCUGAAGCGUCUCUUUCUCAGCCUCACAGCACCAACGAACACCCAAACAACAACAAACAACUACACACAAUGGAUGCUGCUGAAAAUAGGUUUAAUGAUGAACGGCCCAUUUCGCCAUGGACCAGGACAAUGGAUCGUCUCUAUUCAAUGCCACCCAACAGCGAUGCCGCAAGCAGUAGCAACGGCGCUGGCGCCCGCGGAAACAAUCACGCUUCUUCCGAAAUGAUACCGCCGCAUAAUAGCGACAACAACGACGACACCGAAUCGCAACAACAAUACAAUAAAGCCGCGGCCAUGACAACAGACAUUCCACUUCCGCAAGAGACCGCCAUUCCCGGUCCACGUCGCAAACGCAACAAUUCCCUCAUUCCUCCAGAGCUCAUGAAUGACAACAGUGAAGGAGGUCGUGAACGAGCAGCACUGGCAACUGUGUUUGGUGUGCGAGAAUAUACAGAAUCAAAAAUCUUUUGGGAACGUCAAGUCGCGGCUUAUCAUCAGCAACCCUCGACCAGUAGUACUUUGGAAGAAACAACAGAACAAGCGCAUGGAGAGGAGGAUGGGUUUGUGUCGAUCACAAGUCGAUCUGUGCAAAGUAAUGCGAUCCCACCAGCGUCAGCUUCCUUGUUGGUACAAACACCCACUCCAAGUACAAGCAAAGAAAACAACAAGCAAGCGAUUACAAAUCUUGUCGAUUCUGCUUUCGAGAAUGUCGGUCAUAAUAGCCAUGCAAGAGGAACGAUGAUGGAUCCAUCCACAUCGUCAGCGUCAUUCAACAAUUAUACCACGACCACUACAGCCAUGAUACCAUCAUUUUCAUCGUCGUCGACACAUCCACAGCAGCAACCAGCAGCAUCAUCUACAACAACAACAACAACAAAGCCUACAGUGAGUUUCAGUUUGCCGGAUAUACCCGUCGUCAGCGAAUUCAGCGACUUCUUUGAUGAAACUGCAUUCACAACAAAAACGCCUUCUCCUCCUCCUCCUGCAGCAUCUUCAUCAGGAGCAGUAGUAGUGACAAGACGAAAUCUCGAAAAGAAACCACGGCCAGUAUCAUUUUCAUCCUCCAUAUUCACUGCCAACGACCCAUCCCAUUACCACGAAAUUGCAUCUAUUCCACCAUCCAUUACAUCUGAACAACAUCCCGGUCGACGCUACGAUAUUGCUCCUCCACUUGUUUUCAUUGGCUAUCCACCCGCCAUUUUCGACUUGUUGACAUCAGACGAUGAUGACCGGAUCAUUAUGUGGGGAUUAGAUCCACAAGUGCUUUCAGCAUCCAUGGCCACCACAUCAGCAGCGGGCAAGAAGCUAUCCACUUUUGACUAUCAUCCACCUUCAACAGCAUUGACAACGCCAUCUCUUACUUCCAUGCAAUCUUCAUCAAUCCCUGCUUCUGCUGCUGCCAGCAGCAACAAGACAAUCAAGGGGUUCUCGUCGAAUACAACAACUGCAUCCUCUCUCGAUCCUUCCGCUGCACAACCGAAUGGUAACAACAAGUCUCGUAUGCCUCGAUGGUCGAGCCAAUUAUUGCUUCCAUUACGAAACAAAAGUAAACAGCAUCUGCCACGACCCGACAGUGUGCUUCGAUUUGGAAACAGCAGCAGUAGUAGCAGUAGUACGGACCCUAAUUAUUAUGGGGAUAAGGAACGAGGUGGAUCCAUGUUGUUCAAGUUUGGUCGGAGAAGUACGAGUAGUAAUGGCAGCAAACGAGAUAAACAACAACACCGCCAGCAUCGUCGUGUGAUUGACGACGAUCAGGCUUCGGUGCAGUCGGUGGAUGUUCCCAAAGUCAUUGAAGCUGCGACGGUCGAGAAACUUGUUGAAAAGCUGACAAUUUCAUUAGAUUAUACGUUCAUGACCGACUUUUUCUUGACAUACCGCACAUUUAUUUCGCCUACUCAACUGUGCAAGCUGCUUAUACUGCGAUUCCGAUGGGGUCUAGAAAGCGAGGAAGCACAAAGAAGUAUUGUUCGCGUCAGAACAUUUGUGGUGAUGCGCCAUUGGUUAUUGAACUACUUCGUACACGACUUUAUACCCUCGCGCGACUUACGUAUCAUCCUAACCUCGUUUCUCAACUCCCUACCGUUCCAUCCUUUAAUCAAACAAUCUCCCCGGGACCAGCGGAUCGUCAAGAGUCUAAAACGAGUAGUGCGUCGGCUUAAAAAAGUAUAUUAUCUCAGCUCGGCCGAAUCGGAACGUGUCAAAGUCAUUGCCCCGCCACCACCGACCCAGGAACAGGAACGGGUGGAAGAAAUGGUUCGGGCCAAACUGGCACAAAGCCCGAUACGACGCAAGACCGCCAUUGUAAGCAGUGUCAAUAUCAGUGAUCGGCACCAUGGGAAUAUGGCAGUACAAGAUACCGGGUCGGCGCCUGUGGUAGUGGUAGGUAGUGUGCGUAAUACUGCUACGGCCACCGGUGCGGCUGCUGGUGUGGAGCGUGCAUUGACACCCAGUCAUUUCAAUGGUGUUAGCGGCAACAGCAACAACGACACUGCUGGUAUGAAUGGUGGUAGUGGUGGUCACCCACCCAUUCGACGGAAUGUAUCGAGCACGUCUAUCACGAGAUUUGGAAGACAUAGCAAGCAACAGGAUAUUGAGGCGGUCAAGGCAUCCUAUCUGCGUCGGAUGGAACAGCAAAAGAAGGCUAUGGAUCAGCAAGCACACGAUACCGCCACUUUACCAGCAUCCGCCGAGGGUGCUGACUUGUCUUCUCAAGCAAGUGUUGUUACGGAUGACUCAUUGGAAAGUGCCUUGUCGCCAGGAACAACGGAUGAUGAGUUGAGUCAAGACGACUAUUCGGAAGAUGAAAACGAAAAGACAACGACGACGACGCCAACAGAAGAGCAAUUGGCGAUCCGGUUGGAGCGCGAAAGACGAAGGCGGGAAGAGGAAGAAGAGCAAAAUCGUGCCGAGUUUUUCUCUCCAUCGUCGGCUGUUUCAGGGGAAAGCUCUUUGUUGGCCAAAGUGCCCACGUCUUCGGCAUCGAUUCAAAGCGGUUCUGAACUUGUCAACAAGCCAUCGACAUCACCAUCAGAGGAAGAUAUUGUACAGGAAUUAUCUGUGAACGAUCAUCCUCGACGUCAGCCGUUAGAAGAGGCUGCCUCUGUCACCGCGCGAGCACGACAGCAACAGCAACAAAGCCCAGUAGCCGCACAGAGUGACGUACCGGGAACAACGACCAAGACGCCGACAAAGCGAAAUGUGAAGGAAGGGUGGAAGUUUGCUUAUCCACAACAACAGCAGCAGCAGCAGCAAUCCACGCGACGGAUCUUGGGUCCAGCUCGUGACACCCACGUUCAUCCUACUGAAAUUGUGAAAACUAGCAACGGCCAGUCGCAGCAACAACAACAACAACAGUCGACCGUUAACAUCGUUGCCCAACAACUACGUGCUGGAGAGGGUAGCCAGGUCAGCGAUAGUGUUGCUGGUGAAGACGAAAUUAACGGCAGUGACAACCAACUACAAGCUCGUCGUACAUCAACGAUCCAAAGACGGAAAGGACACAGCGGCCCCGUGUAUCUCAGUCAACUUGCACGACGAUCCAUUACAUCGGGUGAUCUUGGUGGUGUUGAAGGAGAAGAAGAAGAAGGACCCGUACUACAGAUCCAAGAAGUGGACACGACGACAACUGAAGGAGGAGAUGAGACAACAACAACAAUGACUGCGAGUGAUAGUAACAAGACGCAUCAAGCACGCAUGUCGGUUACGUCUGCUGAAGUCGGAUUGGGGACACCACCGCGAACACCUCAACGCAUUGUUGAAUUGGACUUGCCCAAACCUCAACUCAUGAACAGCAAUGCACCUUCCAUGACAACAACACCCUCCAUGAUGAUGCGUAGAUCAUCCGACCAUCCAAGAUCGUUUAUCCUGUACUACCGAUCCGAGCGUAUGGCGCGUCAGCUUUGUUUGGUCGAAGCGCAGGUGUUGUUGAACAUUGAUUGGGAGGAAAUGGUACAUUGUCGAUGGACCAAGAUGGGCAAUACGGAUGCUCUGGAUGAUAUGAGCGAGUUUACUGCCGAAGAAGAAGAGGACGAGGAUGAUUUGAUUGAGCGUGAUCGGAUCAAUUAUACGCGACGGACACGACAGAUGCGUUUGGCGCGUGGCGAGAAUCAUGGUGGUAUUGAACAAGUCAUCAAACGGUUCAAUGAUGUUUGCCAAUGGGUUGCGAGCGAGAUUGUGCAUACCCGAGCUUUGGAUGAGCGUGUCAAGGUGGUCGAAAAGUUCAUCCGUCUUGCUCAGAAAUGCAAGCUUUACUGCAAUUUUGCCACAUUGGUGCAGAUCCUUCUGGGUCUCCAAUCACCCGCCGUAUCUCGACUGAAAAGAACAUGGGACCGCGUCGGAUCACACGAGAUGCGCAUCCUCGACCAACUCUCUGCUUUCACCUCGCCCAUGAAGAACUGGAAGAAUAUUCGUGACAGCAUGACCCAAGUGGCCGAAGACUACGGCAUGUCCCCUGUCGAAGUCCAAAUCGAAAUGCCAGGCACGAACCACCACGCAUUCACAAAGACCAAGAUCAAGAUCCCCUUUGGUGGCUGUAUCCCCUUUCUGGGUAUCUACUUGUCGGAUUUGGUGUUCAAUUCAGAACAGCAGCCUUAUAUCCAGCCAAGUCAUGACCAUCAUCGCAUUUAUCAGGCCAACAAUGUCACCAACUCGCAUUUCACGUCGCCCGUUUUGAAGCAACCGUUGGUGAACUUUAGAAAACAUCGGAUUACUGCUACGGUCAUUAAACGUGUGCUGACGUUCCAGAACUUGGCCCGUCGGUACUCGUUUGAACGGGAUGAUGAGGUGUACUUUUUGUGUGCUGAGCUUCAUUCCUCUAAUGCUGAUGAAGUUCGCAAGCUUAGUCAUGACAUUGAACCUUGAAUGAAAGCAGAAAAAAAAAGUAAUAGUAGUAGUUCUAUAUAAUACAUCAUUGUAGUAGCCCUUUUUGUUUCUUUGUCGUGUACUUAAUAAUUUUCUUUCAUGUAGAGCAUAUCCACUCCCUCUCAUACUAUUAUCUGUAUAUCUUAUACCAUACAUAUAUAAUACAUAUUUUCUGCACCAACGCAAUCGUGCUGUUUCAGCUGAAAAAGUCGCUUGAUCUG